AUGUUUUCUAAUAGAAGAAUUAAAAAACGAUCGAAUCGUUUAUGUUGUUUUAUUAUUAUUCUUUUUAUAUUCUUUUUAUUAAUUUUAAAAUAUGUCUACAAAUUAUCACCAUUUUAUCCAAGUCAAUCAAAAAAUUGUUCUCAACUAUGUCCUUAUUCAAGUAUAUUAAGCAAUGAUACAUUACAAUUCGAUUCAACACAUUUUAUUCGACAUUUUCCAGACUUUGUUUGUCCACAAAAUUUUCGAAAUCUUGCUGAUUGGGUAUACGGUUGGCCUAAUCAAUUUCGUGAACAUUUAAAACAAACAACUAAUCAAGGAAUAAAAAUUGCUCCUUGCCUACCACCUGGUAGUAUAAUUUAUGUUCGUAUAUGGGUAAUAAAUGAAUUCUUCGAUCAAGUUUAUCCUCAUUUACAAAAUAAAUUUGUACUAGUUACUGGUGAAGGUGAUUUGUCAUCACCAAUUCACAUGGAAAUUCUCGAAAGUUCUAAUUCAAAAAUAAUUCAUUGGUUUGGACAAAAUGGACAAUAUGAUGUAUCAAGAAGUAAAAAAUUUACUCAUAUACCAAUUGGCAUUAAUUGUUAUGAAAUGGCUGAUGCUAUUCAAAAUGUAUAUUCGCAACAACAAAAUCAUACAAUUCCUUCAAUAUUCAAUGAGUUUGAUGAACCAUCCAGUUAUAUUCAACCACAAGAUGUAUCACAUCGUGCAUUAACUACAAAAAUAGAAAAAGAAAAUUUAGUAUUAAUUAAUUUUGAUAAAGGUACUGAUAAAAGUGGUCUUCGUUCACGUAUUUGGAAGAGCAUGUGUACAAGUAAAAAUCGAGCUAACUAUACAUUUAUAAAAUGUAUUGGUAAGCCAGGCGGUGUUCAAAUAGAAGAGUUACCAAAACUAUAUGAACGUAAUCGUCAAUAUCCAUUUUGGUUAUCACCACGUGGUAAUGGUAUUGAUUGUCAUCGAACAUGGGAAGCACUUUAUCUUGAUAUAAUACCAAUUGUAUGGAAUAAUUCAUUAAAUGUUCUCUAUGAAAAUUUGCCUGUUUUAAUUAUAAAUGGUUAUGAAGAAUUGAAUGAAAAAUUUUUAUAUGAGAAAUUAAAUGAAAUAUCGAAAAAGAAAUUAUCAAAAAAUAAUGUAUAUCAAUAUGAAAAACUACGUAAUGCUUACUGGCGUCGUUUAAUAUUAAAUAAAUCAAGACAUCGAAAUAAAAAAAGCCUGCAUCAACGAACAAAGCGAUGUUGGAGUGCGAAAAGUACAGUUAAUUGGAAGCAAUUUUUAUCUCAUUAA